AUGCCUGGGGGCCCAAGGCCUCCCCUUAACGAGACAGUUGCUGCGCCCGCUCCUCCUGCUGCGCCCGCCCCUCCUGCAGUCCUGCUCCCCCCGCUUCUAAGAAGCGGAAGAGUUGUGACACUUGUGGAAAUUUCCACACCGGAGGAUGCUGGCCCUUCUGCCAGUAAUGUGGCCGCCGGCACGCCGGCAAAUGCCGCCCUGCCGCCACCAUCGGUGGUCAACAAUUACACUUUCAAUGGUGAUGGUCAUACCCUCCUCUGA